AAAAAAGGCGAUUACCAGUUAGGUGAUUCUCUUGAUAGCAGUACAAAAAAUGGUCUUAUGAAAGGAAUUGCAUAAGAAUCUCGUGCCACAAUCCAGGAGCGUUACACAAUAAGUGUUACGAUCAUGCAGUUCCACCAGAUUUCCUGUGCUCAAGUUGGGGAAGCCUUUCACCAAACCUAAAUAACCUGCAGUAGCUAUUACCAUAUUAUUUACUAAAUUUUAAUUUGCACUACUUACAAUACUUACUACCUUUCCAGUUUUAUAUUGUGAUUUAUUCCUUCUUGCGUGUCCUAAACAUGGCAGUUGUCAUCAGCAGUUUUCUUAUGGCAACGUUAGUUGCGAUGGUUUACCCGCUUAGUUUGAUUCCGGACAAUCAAAAUUCUUUGCAGAUUCGAGGCGGUCGUGAAGCGAUUCCUCAUAGUUAUCCCUGGAUGGUGUCGGUUCAGAAGGAGUAUAUUCCUAACCAUUUUGAGCACGUAGGAGGCGGAACCUUAAUUAACGCACGGCAAGUGCUUACCGCGGCUCACGUUUGCCGCGAAUUUGUAUUCCUUAAGAAGGAGGGCAGGAGAAUGCAAAGUCUACUCGGCAAACAUGAUGUUACGGAGGUGGAGGAAGGAGAGGUGGCCAUUUUAAUUAAAGCAGUCCAUUGUUUUCCAAAUGUCCAUUACGAGCAACACAAUCAUGACAUCUGUAUAAUGGACCUUGUGGAUGAUGUGUCCUUUACGGACCACAUAGCUCCAGCUCUGCUGGCGGUACCAGGAUCGGAAUUCGCAGGCUUGUGUAUCCUCCCCGGAUGGGGAACCAAUGGCUACGUGAGAGUAACACCGAGAUUACAGGAGAUGGACGUAACACCGCGAGACAUUUCACUUUGCCGGAACCUGGAGCCCUCCUUCUGUACAACGUACAUGUGCAGCAAAGACACUGCCAGCCCAACCCAUGGCGACAGUGGUGGCCCAGUGAUGUGCCAUUUUAACGGAGAGUUGCGUGUCACGGGCGUGCAUUCCUACAACUCAAAAAACACGGAGAAAGAAGGGAAAUUGCAAUUUGACCUCUUUGUGAAUCGUGACAUACUGGUAGGCAUCUUAAUGGGCAAUCAGGAUAUUUCCGCAGAAAUUACCUCGAACGGCAGUGACGGUUUACGGCACUUACCAGUCCUAUCGCCGCGGACAGUGGAUUGA